AUUAUGUAAAGUUUUUGGGUGAACUGUUUUUUAUUCGCUCAUGUUUUUUAUGUGUUUGAUGUAUGGACAACUGCUGAAUGCCAGUCUUUCUACCAGUUCCAGAGUUGCACUUCCUUAUGACCGGGCACUGUGCCACACUAAUAUUUGUUAAUAGCAGUGCCAGGUAGUGCACAGCCCAGGCACACAUACUGAAUGCUGAUUUGUUAGGCUGCAGAUGGCAGUUGCUGGCUCACCACUAGUGGAAACAGUUUUGACAAGUCUUGAGACUAGUAACGAUAUAUAAAGCAAAGGUCACCAUGUCCAAAGUCUAGCACAAUACUCAGACUGACAAGCAGAGAGUACGAGGAUGGCCAGGGCAGAUCAAGUAGUAAAGCAGCAAAAUGGAUCAGCCAAUGGUAGUCUAUACAAGAGAGAAUGCAAGGAAUCUUUUGAAGAAGCCCCCUUGCACAUCCUUGUGUCUACCUACCUUUGUUAUGGAAUUUUAAUCUUAUUCGGCUACUUACGGGAUUUCAUGAGAAAAUGGGGAUUGGAACAAUGCCACAUGGCCAAAGAAAGGGAAGAGCAAAAAGAUUUUGUGCCUCUUUAUCAAGACUUUGAAAAUUUCUACAAAAGAAAUAUUUACAUGCGCAUCCGUGAUUCUUUUAAUCGACCCAUAUGCAGUGUCCCAGGACCUCAAUUUGAUCUAAUGGAGCGAGUGACUGAUGACUACAACUGGACUUACAGGUACACCGGAAAAGUCAUUAAGGAUGUGAUAAAUAUGGGAUCAUACAACUAUCUGGGUUUUGCAGAAAAUAAUGAAGAGUCACUGGAAACAGUGAAGAAUGUACUAGAGAGAUAUGGCGUUGGAGUGUGCAGUACCAUACAUGAACUUGGACAAAUGGAUAAACUACAAGAGCUAGAAGAUUUGGUUGCAAAGUUCCUCAAAGUAGAAGCAGCAAUGGUUUUCAGUAUGGGUUUUGCCACAAAUUCAACAAACAUUCCAGCUCUGGUUGGAAAGGGCUGUCUUAUCCUUAGUGAUGAAUUAAACCACACUUCUCUGAUUCUUGGGGCAAGACUCUCUGGAGCUACCAUUCGAGUAUUUCAACACAACAAUAUGCAGAACCUGGAAAAAUUAUUGCGGGAUGCAGUAGUGAGAGGUCAGCCACGUACUCACAGAGCCUGGAAGAAAAUUCUCAUUAUUGUUGAAGGAGUAUAUAGCAUGGAAGGAUCAAUUGUCCGUCUUGAAGAAGUAAUAGCGUUAAAAAAGAAAUAUAAAGCUUACCUAUAUUUGGAUGAAGCACACAGUAUUGGAGCAGUGGGGCCUACUGGACGAGGUGUGGUGGAAUACUUUGGAAUGGAUCCUGCAGAAGUUGAUGUGACAAUGGGGACAUUUACCAAAAGCUUUGGAGCCAUGGGAGGAUAUAUUGCUGGAAAAAGGGAUCUUGUGGAUUAUCUACGAAACCACUCCCACAGUGCAUUUUAUGCAGCAUCUAUAUCUCCACCUAUAGCUGAGCAGAUCAUAAGGGUCAUCAAGUGCAUCAUGGGAAGUGAUGGGACAUUGACAGGCCAGCAAAGAGUCAAUCAACUUGCAGAGAACACCAGAUACUUCAGAAAGAAAUUAUAUGACUUGAAUUUAAUUACUUAUGGAAAUGAAGACUCUCCUGUUGUCCCUGUGCUCAUGUACAUGCCAACCAAAGUAGCAGCUUUUGCACGGCACAUGCUGAAGAAGAAAAUUGGCGUUGUUAUAGUUGGCUUCCCAGCAACUCCUAUCACUGAGGCCAGAGUGAGAUUUUGCAUGUCAGCCGCACAUACGAAGGAGAUGUUGGACAAGGUCUUGCAUGAGCUGGAUAAAAUGGGUGACGCUCUAAAUGUCAAGCAUUCCCGUCAUUGCAGAAAAAAACGUGCAGUGGUUUACGAUGAACCUAACGUAGAACUUGAUGCUUGAGACCAGUGGCACACCUGAAGCUAUAACAACCAUCUCCACUAUUGUGUAGCCACCUUAAAGGGGUAUUCCCAUCUUGCUAUUUCAUCCUCACCUUCAGCCAAGCUCUGGAGUUCACUUCCUGGUUUCCUGCUUCUAAGGCUGGGCGGGCUUAGGCAGUUUGAGUGAAGGCAGGCCACGCCUCUUUAUGACAUCACACUGAGAACUCAGUCUUUGCGUUCUAGUUCAUGUGGAUAGUAUGAGCCAUCAGCCUGCAGUGUCUGUGAGGCCCCUCCCCCUUGCUGGGGAAUCGUCACUCAGAGAGCUGUGAUAAGUGAGCUCAGUAGACAGUAACAUGUGGCUGUCCUGCAGUCUAAUAAAGUUUUACACACAGAACCUGUCUUAUCUUUUACAAACCCAAUUUGUGUAGCAAAACAAUAAUUCACUAAUCUACUUUAGCCCAAAAGCAUCUGUCUUCCCCAGUCCCCUACCAGCACUGUAGCUAAACCGCUUCUGAUAUAGCACUGCUACAUCUGUCUUCCCUGAACCGCUUCAUAUACAGCUUAGCUACAUCUGUCUUCCUCUCCCCCAAUAGCACUGUAGCUGAACCAUUUCAUAUACAGCUCUGCUACUUCUGUUUUCCCUGAACCGCUUCUUAUACUGCUCUGCUACAUCUGUUUUCCCCAGUCCCCUACCAGCACUGUGGCUAAACCGCUUCUGAUACAGCUCUAGUACAUCUGUCUUCCCUGAACCGCUUCAUCUACAGCUCUGCUACAUCCGUCUUCCCUGACCUGCUUCAUAUACAGCUCUGCUACAUCUGUCUUUCCUGAACCGCUUCGCAUAAAGCUCUGCUACAUCUGUCUUCCCCGGUCCCCUACCAGCACUGUGGCUAAACCCCUUCUGAUACAGCUCUGCUACAUCUGUCUUCCCUGAACCGCUUCAUAUACAGCUCUCCUACAUCUGUCUUUCCUGAACCGCUUCUUAUACAGCUCUGCUACAUCUGUCUUCCUCUCUACUACCAGCACUGAGUUUGAAUCACUUCAAAUACAGCUCUGCUACAUCUGUCUUCCCUGAACCGCUUCUGGGGUGCUAAAAUGUGUGGGAUUAUAUGAAGGGGGGGCUGCUGUGUGAGAUUGUAUGAAUGGGGGUGUCUUGUGGAAUUAUGUUGUGGGGGGGAGAUGUGUGUGGGAUUGUAUGCUGAGACUUAUUUGCAUAAUAAUAAAAUUCUGGAUUUCUGUGCAUCCGAUCUGUGUAGUCAGUUUACUAUGGGUAAGGGUGCAUUCAGACAGCAGCCCCCCAGCAUACAAUCCCACACAGCAACCACCCCAGUAUAUAAUCUCACACACCCACCCCCAGUAUAAAAUCUCACACGGCACCCCCCCAGUAUACCCCCCCAGUAUGUAAUCUCACACAGAAGCCCCCCAGUAUAUAAUCUCACACAGCAACCACCCCAGUAAAUAAUCUAACACAGCCACCCCCAGUAUAUAAUCUCACAGAGCAACCACCCCAGUAUAUAAUCUCACACGGCCACCCCCAGUAUAUAAUCUCACACAGCAGCCCCCCAGUAUAUAAUCUCACACAGCAACCCCAAGUAUAUAAUCUCACACAGCAUCCCCCCAGUAUAUAUUCUCACACAGCACCCCUCCAGUAUAUAAUCUCACACAGUGCCCCCCAGAAUAUAAUCUCACAUAGCAGCCCCCAGUAUAUAAUCUCACACAGCGCCCCCCAGAAUAUAAUCUCACACAGCGCCCCCCAGAAUAUAAUCUCACACAGCGCCCCCCAGAAUAUAAUCUCACACAGCAGCCCCCCAGUAUAUAAUCUCACACAGCAGCCCCCCAGUAUAUAAUCUCACACAGCAGCCCCCCAGUAUAUAAUCUUACACAGCAGCCCCCCAGUAUAUAAUCUCACACAUCAGCCCCAGCAUAUAAUCUCACAAAGCAGCCCCCCAGUAUAUAAUAUCACACAGCAGCCGCCCCCCCAGUAUAUAAUAUCACACAGCAGCCUCCCCCCAGUAUAUAAUCUCACACAGCAGCCGCCCCCCCAGUAUAUAAUAUCACACAGCAGCCUCCCCCCAGUAUAUAAUCUCACACAGCAGCCGCCCCCAGUAUAUAAUCUCACACAGCAGACCCAGCAUAUAAUCUCACAAAGCAGCCCCCCAGUAUAUAAUAUCACACAGCAGCCGCCCCCCCAGUAUAUAAUAUCACACAGCAGCCUCCCCCCAGUAUAUAAUCUCACACAGCAACCGCCCCCAGUAUAUAAUCUCACACAGCAGCCCCCCAGUAUAUAAUCUCACACAGCAGCCCCCCGGAAUAUAAUUUCACACAGCAAUCUCCCCCCCAGUAUAUAAUCUCACACAGUCCCCUCCCCCCAGCAUACAGUCCCACACAGAAUCCCUCCCCCUACAUACAAUUCUCAGCCCCUCCCCAGCAGUUACAUCCACCUCUCCAGCACUGUCACCUCUCUCCCCUCUCAGUGCUGCAGACCUUACUACUCUGUGAACAUUCGUCCGGUGCCUGUGGUAACGGAGCGCUCCGGCUGCCGCCCCACGUGACCUAGGGAUGUCACAUGAUAUUGUGACGUCAGAAGGUCCUUACAGAGUCUUCGAAGUCUGUCCUGCAAACAGAGCAUGCGCGGCUCUGUUUCAGACGGCAUGCUCGUUCAUUAAUAAAAUGAGAGGCCGGCCACUGGAUGGAUGUGGUUCAUCUGCGCAGGCACGGCCCGUGGAAUCGUCAGGCAGCUGUGGCCAUAACUAUGGGAGACCAAAGGACAAUAAUGAGGUAGGAGGGAAAGAAUUUGAUCAAGAAGGGUGGGAAUUUGCUUAUACAAUAUAUUUACAAAAAAUCAGCACUGGCACCCUAUUAAACUGUGAUCAUUGUAAUGGGAAUACCCCUUAAAGCCUCUUUAUACCCGCUGAUGUAUAAGCAAUCAUCAGGAACAAGACAUUCGUUUCUGAUCGCUGGCUGAUCAUUGAGCAGAGAAGGCAGUUGCAUUUACAUGCAGAAAUCAUCUCUCUAUGGAGACGAGCAAUCAAUACUGCGAUCACUCAUCCCCAUAGAGAAUCAUUUUUUGCUAGAAGCACAGUACAAUCUGCUUUCAGCAUUUACACUGGGCAAUUAUCAGGAGCGAGCAUUUAUAUAAAUGCUCAUCCCCAAUUAUUUUCCUGAUCCUCGACCUGUAAAGGGCCUUUAAAAUGCCUAUUUUUUUUUUUAUUCAGCUCUUUAUCUUGAGCGAUCUCUCAUGCUAUCGGAGGUAAACACACAGUCUUUAGAUACUCUGAUAAUGUUGUGUGAACGUUUUCCUUUAAUAAAGACAAUAUUUUUCAGAA